UGCACAAUGUGACAUAGAAAUGUUGUGGGGACAUUUUUUUUUUGAUCCCCAUGAGAAAAACAGCUUGUACUGUAAUGUUUUUUUGAAAAUUGAAAAAAUGCAGAAAGUUUUCUCUGAGGGUUGCAGUAUAAAAUCAUUAUAUGUGAAGUCCCCAAUAAAACACGGAAACCCAACGUGUAUGUGUGUCUGGAGGAAGGAAAAGUGCAGUGAUCUCUCUAUAAUAAGGGAGGAUGACGUCGACACAGUCUCUAAAGCUGGGAGUGAAAAGGUUGCAGAAGCAAGAGCUGCGAGAAUAAAACUCGCGAUGCUAUAAUGAGAGAUGAAGACAAAUGAUAACUCGUUUCAUAUCCGUUUGACUCAUUACGGAGAUCCAAGAAUAAAAUCCGUUCUGUGCUCAUAAGAACAACAAAGUGACGCAUAGAAAAGUUUAAAGAGCAGACUGGAAGAGAGAGAGAGAGAGAGAAUUUCAUCUCACUGUCGCCGCAGUCUCCACCGGACCGCUGCCGCAGAAUAAUGACGAGCAGCAAAGCGACUCUGGCUUUCCUCAUCUACGGGCUCCUCGUGCAAUGCAACGUGUGUUCGCCGUUGAGUUACCCGAACAUCAGAAUGGAGUCUGCAGGAUUUGACGAGGAGGGACACUCACUGACGGAUCUAACUUUUGACAGUGACCAGAUCACCAUUCGAAGCUCUCCUUCGGUUACUGAAGACGCAUACGCGUUAUACAGUCCUCCAUCGAAAAGAUUGGAAAGGCACGCUGACGGGAUGUUUAAUAAAGCCUACCGGAAAGCGCUCGGUCAGCUGUCAGCGCGGAAAUACCUGCAUACACUGAUGGCAAAACGCGUGGGAGGAGGAAGCACGAUAGAGGACGACAAUGAGCCGCUCUCAAAGCGUCACUCGGACGGGGUUUUCACCGACAGCUACAGUCGCUACCGGAAGCAAAUGGCAGUAAAGAAGUAUCUGGCCGCAGUCCUUGGCAAAAGCCCUGAAGACUUAGAUUUGCACCAAUUGCUACAAGACGUAGACUUUGGUGUGUUCCCGGAUGGGGGUGAGAUUGAGGCAUUUUUAUUGGAUUGGCUGAGACAGUUCCCUCCUCAAUUCCCGGCUUUGUGACACAGGAGGCAGCUAGCGGCUUGGGUGCCUUUGCUUCAUCUUUAAAAUGCCCACCAAUUUCAGAUGGCACAUAAGUGGCCCUCCAAAUGCUGCAAUCACCUGCUAUUUCUCACAUAAUAUACUUUGUUCAAAUGCCACCUGGCUUUCUGGUUAUUCGAUUUAACUUCUCUAUGCAUAGUGUGUUGUAGCAUAUAUUAAACAUUCUCAGCCUUGAAAUUCAUUUUGUGUGCGGAGACUGAUAGUGCCCAAAGCCUUACUUAAACGUUAAGAUAAAUCUCUGUCUUGUGUUGAUCGUUAGUACAAUAACACAUGGGAGCCACACAAGGGCACCAUUAUAUAUGUAAGAAACAGAAACAAAACAAACAAAAAACUGUGUUGUAAGAUUUGUAUGAAUAAAUUUUUGUAAACAACAA